AAAGUCAAGUUGGCAGUACUGAUUCCAAGUUGAAUUGUGUUAAAAGAUUUUUUUUGUCAAUUAAUAUUUAAGCCUGCACUUAAGGUUGCGAAAUCAAAUGCACAGCUUGAUUAAAUGUGUUAAUUCACAUGCAAAGAGUUAGUUGGAGUCACCGCAGUUCCAGUUUGCGUGGAUGUCGAGUUACAGUGCCUACAAGAUUGCAAACUACGCCAACGUCAGCAAAAAAAGUUUUACCCCAACUAUAAAAAUCAAGGCAGUGUGAAAUUGAGUUACAAAGGCUUUUGUUAGUUGUUAGCUGUUGCCAUGGCCAGUCCCAGAACACGCCGCGUGCUCCAGGAGCUCAAACCACAAGACGAUAAUUCGAAAUGCUUUGAAUGCGGAACCCACAAUCCUCAGUGGGUGUCAGUCACCUAUGGCAUUUGGAUCUGCCUGGAAUGCUCCGGCAAACAUCGCAGCUUGGGCGUACACCUUUCCUUUGUGCGCUCCGUGACAAUGGACAAGUGGAAGGACAUUGAGCUGGAGAAGAUGAAGGUGGGUGGCAAUCGAAACGCUCGCGAGUUUCUAGAGGAUCAGGAUGAUUGGAAUGAGCGUGCACCGAUAACGCAACGUUACAACUGCAAAGCGGCCGCUUUGUAUCGUGAUAAGAUAUCAACUCUGGCGCAGGGCAAGAGCUGGAAUCAAAAAGACGCUGAGACGCGUCUAAGCAGCAGCAAUUCCUUUAGUGGCAACAACUAUGGAAACAGUGCCACAGCUGGUGGCAACAACAAUUCGCAGAACCGCUCAAACGCAACAGGUUACGGUGGAAACGGCCAGGGUGGGGGCGGAGGCGGCUAUCAGAAUGGAGGAGGAGCCUAUAAUGAUAACGCGGGUUAUCAGCAGUUCCAGACACAAGAGUUUAAAGAUCAGAAAGAAGAGUUCUUCAGUCGUCGUCAAAUGGAAAAUGCUUCACGCCCUGAAAACUUGCCACCGAAUCAGGGCGGUAAAUACGCUGGUUUUGGUUUUACCCGAGAGGCGCCACCGAAAACGCAAUCUCAGGAGAUCAUUGACUCCACGCUGACAACUUUAGCUUCCGGCUGGAGUCUCUUCUCUUCGAACGCCUCCAAGCUGGCCAAUACGGCAAAGGAAAAGGCCGUAACUACAGUAAACCUGGCUUCAACCAAGAUUAAAGAAGGCACUUUGCUAGAAACUGUUCAAAGCGGAGUUACAGACGUGGCCUAUAAGGUGUCGGAUAUUGGCAAACGUGGCUGGAAUAAUUUGUCAGGCAGCAACAACUCCAAUUUCCAGGGCGGCUACAACGAUCCCAGCUUGGAGGACAAUGCCUAUCAGCGUUCCCACUCGGUGGGCGGCAAUUUGGCUGGUGGCCUGGGACAACAGAGUGGAGCCACAGAUAGUGACUGGGGUGGUUGGCAGGAGAACGCCAACAAUAAGUCGCACCUAACCAGCUCCAGUUCAUAUCAUAACCAACUUGGCAGCAACAUUGCCAGCAGCACACCCAGCAGCGGUCUUACCAAUGAUGAUGAUUGGUCUGGCUUCAAUACAUCGAGCUAUCAAAAUGCCGAGACAUCGUAUCAAAAUACGCCGUCUGGUGGUCAAACUGCUCGUCGAAACAUGAAGUUACAGGAGACAUCGCAUAAGUUGACCGAAGGAUUCGAUAAUUUGGAUGUGAAAAAUGUGAAAGCUACAACUCCAGCAUCGUCGAGUGGAAAACCAAGCGCCGAAGAUGAUGCCUGGAAUUUGUUAAUGAAUUAGUAACAGAAACUAUCUACUGCAAAGUGUAUUUAAUUUGUUUUGUACUAUUGUUUGUCCUUUUGUUAAAGUAAUCCCAAUUUAUUUGUAAACGCAUUUAAUGUAAUCGUCAACAGAUAUUAAGUUCAAACUUUCCAACGAAUAAUUUAACAGGCUAGACCAAUUUUAAAUGAAAACAAAAUAUUACAAAACGAAUUAAUUAGCCAAAAUAUAUAUAUAUGGAAUCAAAAUUGACAAGCAUAUUAUAAAAUCAAGGAAUCAAACGUUUCUCAGAAUUCACCCCCUGGGGUUGAAAUGGGCAGUGCAAGGUGGCUUGGGAGAAAGUUUGCAUUCGAAUGAUAAUCUUUCAAUGUAUAUUAAAACAGGCUUCAUAUAGUAUAAGCUGCUAUUUGUUAUACUGGAUAAACUUCUAAAUUGGGCGCGAAUGGAGUAGUAAACUGUUAUAAACAAUUAAAUGGAAAAAUAUAUAUAAAUAAGUGAC